CGGGGCAGAAUGUAGGGGCUCCCCAGCAGCUCGGACCGCUCCGCCCGCCCCUCCCUCGGCCCCCCGUAAUCGCAGUGGGGGGUCCGCUUCCCAGCUCGCGGUCCCCGCGCCCACCUCGCUCCCCGGCUUCCCGGGGACCCGAGUUUGUAGACCCUUUGGAAGGGGCCCGGGUGCCCUUCUCGGGGCCCUGCAGGACGGCAGCGGGGGUCCUGGGCUUCGGCUCCGGACGGUGGGGAUCGGGAUGGUUUUCGUGCAGAUCCGAGAGGCCAAGGAGGGAGACUGCGGAAACAUUCUGAGGAUGAUUCGGGAGCUAGCUGAGUUUGAGAAACUCUCGGAUCAGGUGAAGAUCGGUGAAGAAGACCUGAGGGCAGAUGGCUUCGGAGAGAACCCUUUCUAUCACUGUUUGGUAGCAGAGAGCCUGCCCGGGCCCGGGGAAUCACAGGAGCCCUGUGUGGUGGGCUAUGGGCUCUACUACUUCAUCUACAGCACGUGGAAGGGGCGCAACGUUUACCUGGAGGACAUCUAUGUCAAGCCGGAAUACCAGGGUCAGGGGAUUGGUUCCAAGAUAAUCAAAAAGGUGGCCGAGGUGGCCGUGGACAAGGGCUGCUCCCAGUUCCGCCUGUCAGUGCUGGACUGGAACAAGAGGGCCAUGGACUUGUACAAGGCCCUGGGAGCCCAGGAUCUGACUGAAGCUGAGGGCUGGCACUCCUUCCGCUUCGAAGGAGAAGUGAUGAGGAAGUUGGCGGGAAAGUGACUUCAUCCCCUGAGGAUCUGGCUCUAUUUGAGCCCCCCGCCCUCCCCGUUCAAGCACUCUGAGAGUAUCUCCACUGCCAAAGGCCUUCCUGGAGGAAAGGAGAGUUAGGGGCGAAUCUUCCUGAAGCACAUAAAGAGCCAGACUUGAGGGAAAGGUCUUCCCACCCUUUACUGAGGCUGA